UCAUAGGAAGUCUUUCAUCAAUGGUUAGUUUCCAUCUAUAAAACCGGCUAGGGGCUUUCUUUGGUCUUUAGUUCGUUUUCUUUGCAUAUAGAAGUCGUGUCUAUUUUCUUGGCUCUUGGAGACGACAGACAAUAGAAUCGCCGCUAACAUCAUGAAGCAAAAGAUUGUGGUGAAGGUGCAGAUGACUUGUAAAAAAUGUCACGCUGAGGCACUCAAGGUCGCAGCUGCUAUAAAGGGCGUGGAGUUUUUGGGCCUAGGAGCGGAGAAAGAUAGAGUGGUGGUGAUUGGGAAUGAUGUUGAUGCUGUAAAGUUGGCUACAAGUCUGGGGAAGAAGAUUGGGCCGACCCAGAUUAUCAGUGUAGAAGUGGUGAAACAAAGCUAACAUCAAGACCAUAUAUAUACUAAUUGCGUGCAUGCCAACAGACACGUACGCACAGUCCACAGAGAGCUGAGAGAUGCAUGUUUCUUCUUGAGUUUUAGAAAGCUUUUUAAUGCACAUUAAUUACUUUCGGCUGUAUGUUUUCUUUAUCAUUGGGCAAUACUUGAUCAACCAGAGAUGAUUUGUUUAAUACUGCUGAGAAAUAUUUUUUAUAUGAUCUCUUUGUUCAUAUCUAA